UAUUCCGAACACUUCCCAUUGAACGGCGAAGUUUCAUAAGAUUCACGUUUGUUUUUUGUUCAUCGGUGAAAAAAUCAGGAAUUAUUAAUUAAAAAUGAGAAUAACACAAAUCCUUAGGUCAAAACUAAAGAAUUUUUCUAAUUUCCCAAAGGAGUACAUUGAAAGAAGUAAAAAACAGGUUUACUAUGAAACACCCAAGGGAACACCCCAAUACCUUAACCGGACGGUAGAGCGUAAACGCUUCCGUUAUACCAUGAAUCGUCCGUGGACCGGACAUUUCCGUCAACAAAAUAUGCCUGGAACAAUUAGAAAAAAGGUCCAAAUCACACCCAUAGAGGACUGGAGCUAUUUCCGUGGUGAUCGCGUUGAAAUCUUGGUUGGCAAAGAUAAGGGUAAACAUGGUUUGGUAACACAAGUAAUACCCGAACGUAAUUGGGUUGUUGUUGAUGGUAUUAAUUGGCAUUAUCGUACUGUGGGAGCAGAAGAAGGUUUCCCCGGUGUUCUGAUUAGGUCGGAAGCUCCAUUGGAUGUUACCAAGGACAUACGUUUGGUUGAUCCAUCCGACUUGCAAGGCUGUGAAUUUGAAUGGCGUUACACAGAGGAUGGCGAAAAAGUCCGUGUUUCUGUGCGUACUGGUCGCAUAAUACCAAUUCCUGAAUCAAAUAAUCAUACACAUGAUUACAAGGCCAAAGCUGCCUACAUAGAAAGAGAAGGAAAAGAUACACCAGCCACCGUAAUUCAAGAGGUCACCUUCAAACCUAAAUUGUCAACAUUCGAAAUGGAUAUUAUGGAAGAAAUGGGAAUAGAAGAAGACCGCAUACCCAAAAAGAGUUAUUGGUAUUAGACAUGUCAUAACCCAACAAACAAUAGUAAUAAAUUCAAAACUUGUUGUUAUAUGUAAAAAAUGUUAAUUUAAUUAACAAAUUAUUAUGAUUAAAAAAAUAAACAAUACAAAAUAUACAAUAAAGCAUUAAAACAA